CCAGCUGCUCGAUUUCGCACGUACUGUGUCAUGGACGACAAGCUGCUGCAGCUGCUGCUGCUGGCUCUGGCCGUGUCCGUCGUCUCCAUCGUGACCAUCUCCAAGCUGGUAUAUCGUGCAACCAACAAGCCGAGGCUGAACCUGCCGCCGGGGCCAUGGACGCUGCCGGUGAUCGGCAGCCUCCACCACCUCGUGAUGAGGAGCCCCAGCAUCCACCGCUCGAUGCGGGCGCUAGCCGAGAAGCACGGCCCGCUCAUGCAGGUGUGGCUCGGCGAGGUGCCCGCGGUGGUCGUGUCAUCGACGGAGGCGGCGGAGGAGGUCCUCAAGAACCAGGACGCCAGGUUCGCCGACCGGUUCAUCACCACCACGCUCGGGGCCAUCACCUUCGGCGGCGGCGACCUCGCCUUCGCCCCCUACGGCGAGCGGUGGCGCCACCUCAAGAUGCUCUGCACGCAGCAGCUGCUGACCGCCGCGCGGGUGAGGUCAUUCCGGCGGAUCCGCGAGGAGGAGGUGGCGCGCCUGGUCCGGGACCUCGCCGCGUCCGCCGCCGGCGGCGGCGAGGUCGCCGUGAACCUCAGCGAGAGGGUCGCCAGGCUCGUCAACGACAUCAUGGUGAGGUGCUGCGUCGGUGGCCGGAGCAAGCACCGCGACGAGUUCCUCGGCGCGCUCUGCACCGCCCUGAGCCAGACGUCGUGGCUCACCGUCGCCGACCUCUUCCCGUCGAGCAGGCUCGCGCGGAUGCUCGGCACGGCGCCGCGCAGGGCGCUCGCCAGCCGGAAGAAGAUGGAGCUUAUCUUGGAGCAGAUCAUACAAGAACGAGAGGAGAUGACGACGGACAGGAGCGGCGAUGGCGAGGCGGGGCCCACAAACGAGUGCUUCCUCGACGUCCUGCUCAGGCUUCAGAAGGAGGGGGACACACCAAUCCCAAUUACCAUGGAACUCAUCGUCAUGCUUUUAUUUGACAUAGUUUCGGGGGGCACAGAGACAUCAACUAUCGUACUAAAUUGGACUAUGGCAGAACUCAUUCGUACACCAAGAGUAAUGACUAAGGCACAUGCUGAGGUGCGGCAAACUUUCCAAGCAAAAAGCACCAUCACAGAGGAUGAUGAUAUUAGUGGGUUAACCUAUCUCAAGAUGGUGAUUAAGGAGUCAUUGAGGAUGCACUGCCCGGUGCCCCUUUUAGGCCCUCGUCGAUGUCGUGAGACAUGCAAGGUAAUGGGCUAUGACAUAUUGAAGGACACAACUGUAUUUGUGAACGCAUGGGCAAUGUGCAGGAGCUCAAUAUACUGGAAUGAUGCCGAGGAGUUUAAGCCUGAGAGGUUUGAAAACAAAUGCAUAGACUAUAAAGGGAGCAAUUUUGAAUUCAUUCCAUUUGGAUCUGGCCGUAGAAUGUGUGCAGGCAUGAAUCUUGGCAUGGCAGAUGUAGAGUUUCCCUUGGCAAGCCUUCUUUACCAUUUCGAUUGGAAGUUGCCCGAUGGAAUGUCUCCUGAAGAUAUUGACAUGCAGGAGGCACCUGGACUAUUUGGAGGUAGACGCACUAGCCUAAUUCUAUGCCCUAUUACGCGUGUUGCUCCAAGCGACCUACAAGUGAUAGUAUAAUAGAUUACGCAUCCUUUGUGAUACCUAAUAGAUCAUGAACAUUUCGUGGUACAAUCAAGUUGCAUAUCAAAUAAGGGGAAGUGUAUCCUCUGUUGAGUCACUGUCUUACUCUGCCGACAUGUCAUUGGCACAAUUGCAAACUGCACUAAGUAUUCAGGAAGCCUCAUCCCAAAUAUAGGUGUCCCAUGUUAUCAAAUUAGGUGUUAUGAAAGAUGGGUCUCCAUAAUUUGGUUUCCAUGUAUCAUGAAUGUUUCGUGGUAUAAUCAGAUCGAAUAUCAAAUAAAGUGUUAUGAAAGAUGGGACUGCAUAAUUUGGUUCUCACGUUAACAAGGCCAAUCAGGAAAGAUAACUUAUUACGGUGGUGUUCUUUUCUCUUGAAAAUGAAGAUUAAGUUUUUUACGCAAAAUAAGGUGAUAUUAACGUAUAAUUGAUUGAGUUUU